UGAGAUUCUGAAAGAGAAAAAGCGAAAAAAAAAACCUCAUUUUUUGGCUUGCCCAGGUGACCCUAGCAGGCUGGAGUAUGUGGUUGCCUUCCUGAAGCAGCAGCAGCAGCAUGGGUUAUCUUCAGGCACAGCUGGAGCUCUUGUUGAAGCCUCUGCUUAAGUACAUAGCAAGGAUUGCACUUCUGCAGGGUGCAAGGUCGUUAGACUCUUUACUGCUUUUAAAAAAAGCAAAAGAAGGGGUCUUACUACCGUCUUACUGCUAUGCGAGGUAUUUGCUGGCGAAUGGAGUGAAGGACUACAUCAAAAUUUACAGCUACUAUCUUGGUAAUGGUGUCUGAAUCGCCAAAGCUUGCUUUAUACAAGUCUUGAAUUUGCCAAAGUAAUUACGUGUGAUAUAUGAAUCCGUUCAGCCGUGAAGAUGUAUAGAAGCCACCAAAGUAAUUUCGUGUGAUAUAUGAAUCCGUUCAGCUGUGAAGAUGUAUAGAAGCCACAAGGGAAGGAUGAGCACUAUCAGGGCAUACAAUACUCACAUUGGCACUUUUCUGCUUAGCUCUGUACGUGAUCACAGUCAGGUUUGUCCAGGUCUGGCCAUAAUUGCAGCCAGAUGCAUUUUGGAAAGUGCUAGUGUGAAAACUAUCAGACAAUCCUUCAGGUGCAGAUUUAAAAAGGAGACAGAAAGGAAAUGAGCCUCGGCCACGGUAAAAUUGCCAGUCCUUUUUUCUGAGGAAAAUGCCCUUGGAGAUCAAACGUGCGAAGGUAAAAAUAUUAAAUGCCUUUGAAGAUUCUAGAGUUUGGAUUUCCAGCCUUGUGAGAUGUGAAGGCCCUUGACAUUUGGCUUGGCAUUGCAGCUCGCCACCGAUAGAACAAAGCAAUAGUCAAAAU